AUGGCCACAUUUCCACAAGCUAUGGAAGGCGACGCUAAUACUAAACAGCAACGCCGGUCAUCACAGGACCAAUACGUAGAAGAAUGUCACAAGCAGGAUGAAAAGCUGCGAGCAUAUACUUUUCCAGUUUUUUUAGAGACUCAUGCCAAAUGGAAAACGAUGGCGACAGAGGAUUAUGGCACAAGUCCCAAGACAGAGAAGUCGGCUUUCCAAUUUACUUCUCCCCCAUCGCUACUCACCGAUCACACAUACACAGAGAUAUCCUCGUUCGCGGCAUCUCCUGACGAAAGCCUCUGCAAAUCGUCUGGAGAUGAAGUAGACGUGCUCGCAACGCAGUUUGAGAAUACACUUUGUUGGCAAAACGAGAAUACAACGGAGUUCAUAACGCAAAGGCCCACGCUUUUGCAAAAUAGACGCAGCAGUUGGCUUUCCACAUAUUCAGCUAGCAGCGGCAAGAGCGAGACAGCUUCCCCUACAAGUCGGAAGCAUUGUCACAGGCGAAGCAGCGCAAUGUCAAUAGAUAGGCCCAUCGUUAGGCAGGCUGGUACUGCAAAGCAUGGUCCAAGGGUCCUUGGAAGCAUGUCUAUGCGGCAGAAAAUGAGACAACUCGAGGACAGUCGCAGCAGUGUCCAUUCUCACAAGUCGCAAGGAUCAUUGUCACCAUUUCUGGUCAUGGCUGAUACAUCUCAGCAACUGAGAAGAAAUUCGGAAUCUUAUUUUCAGAUAGAGGCAGAGCUCUAUCGUCGUGGACAAAGCAAACUCAACUCAGCAGUUUAUGCGGGCUUCCCUGAAACUGGCGAUCAAUCCCCGAAAUCUAUUAACAUAGACCUAGCGCAACCAAUCUCAUUUUCUCAAAGUCGCCAAUCUCACGCAAACACCACCCCCCGAAUGCCAAAAUAUUACAAUAGCCAUCUGCCACAAUUCCAAUGUUCUGAUAAAAGUUCUCCCGAAGAUGAACAUGAUACGGAUCAAAUUGGAAUUGAGACAAAUGAGAAGGAAGAAACGGAACUUCUUUCACUUAAAGAUUUCUUGAUAAAUUCCUGA